GUUCGCUGUGUUGUGCGUUGGGCUUCCUCUCUCUUUCUGCAGCUCGUCUUGUUUUGCUUGUUCAGUGCAUUCAUCGAGGUCACGCGGUUGUUCCCGUGGCCUGCUAUUCUGGUUCCCCUUCCGUUGCUGCACGUGCACCCCUGACUACCCAAGAAACGAACCUCAGAGUACCAGCAUCGGCGGGUUCCAGCAUUCAUUUCUCCCCCUUCUGGGGCGCUUUCUCUAUCGAGUUCUCUCUCAUUCUUCUAUCAGGCUAUUGAAGUUGGAGCCAGGCAAAUAUGGCGUCAUCUGGCUCUAGCAACUACAACACCAUCAAGGUGGUUGCGAGGUUUCGGCCUCAGAACAAGGUUGAAUUGGCUUCUGGGGGUAGUACGAUUGUCGACUUUGAGAGCCCACAAUCAUGUGUGAUCAAUUCCAAAGAAGGCUCGGGUUCCUUCACCUUCGACCGGAUUUUCCCCAUGGACUCUCGGCAAUCUGAUAUCUUCGAAUUCUCAAUUCGUUCGACUGUCGAUGAUAUCUUGAAUGGAUACAACGGCACAGUUUUCGCAUAUGGACAGACAGGUGCGGGAAAGUCGUAUACUAUGAUGGGAUCGGACAUCGAAGAUGGUGAGGGCAAGGGUGUGAUACCGCGUAUCGUCGAACAGAUAUUUGCUAGCAUUCUUGCAAGCCCCAGCAACAUCGAGUAUACCGUUCGUGUCAGUUACAUGGAAAUUUACAUGGAGCGCAUUCGGGAUCUUUUGGUGCCACACAAUGACAACUUGCCGGUUCACGAGGAGAAGUCGAGGGGUGUCUACGUUAAGGGACUACUUGAAGUCUACGUGUCCAGUGUGCAGGAGGUCUACGAAGUUAUGCGACGUGGCGGUGCUGCGAGGGCGGUGGCUGCGACAAACAUGAACCAGGAGUCUUCCCGAUCUCACUCUAUUUUCGUCAUCACCGUAACUCAGAAAAAUGUCGAGACUGGCUCUGCCAAGAGUGGCCAGCUCUUCUUGGUGGAUUUGGCUGGUAGUGAGAAGGUCGGCAAGACGGGUGCUAGCGGUCAGACGUUAGAAGAGGCCAAGAAAAUUAACAAAAGCUUGAGUGCUCUUGGAAUGGUCAUCAACGCGCUCACAGAUGGAAAAUCCUCUCACGUCCCAUACCGUGAUUCCAAACUGACGAGAAUUCUACAGGAGAGCUUGGGAGGUAACUCCAGGACUACUCUAAUUAUUAAUUGUUCACCUAGCAGCUACAAUGACGCGGAAACUAUCUCUACCCUUCGAUUCGGUGUGCGAGCCAAGGCAAUCAAGAACAAGGCGAAGAUCAACUCUGAAUUGAGUCCUGCAGAAUUGAAACAGCUUUUGCGGAAAGCCCAGAACCAGGUUACAAGUUUCGAGACUUAUAUUUCGGCUCUUGAAUCCGAGGUACAGCUAUGGAGAAGCGGUGAUCCAGUUCCAAAGGAGCGGUGGACCCCCGCCAGGACUGCGGAGUCAAUUGCUGGUGCAAAGGUCGAUGCCCGCACACCGCGACCAAGUACGCCUUCCCGGCUGCAGGAAGCUCCCCGAGCAGAUACGCCGCGUCCAGAUUCGAGAUUGGGCGAUCGCUCUAGCACGCCCAGUCUUGUACUCGAGAAAGACGAGCGUGAGGAGUUCCUCAGACGAGAGAAUGAGCUGCAGGAUCAAAUUACCGAAAAGGAGACACAUAUUGCAAAUGUCGAGCGGAGUUUGCAGGAGGCGAGGGAAGAGUUGAAGAACCUCAAGGAGAAUAGUGCUCGCGCCAGCAAAGAUAACGAGAAACUCAAUACUGAAGUCAAUGAACUCCGCAUGCAGCUGGAGAAGGUAACUUACGAGAGCAAGGAGGCCUCGAUUACUAUGGACAGUCUAAAGGAGGCCAAUACCGAGCUUACGGCGGAGUUGGACGAGGUCAAGCAGCAACUUCUCGAUGUUCGGAUGAAGGCCAAGGAAACCAGUGCUGCCCUCGACGAGAAGGAGAAGAAGAAAGCCGAGAGGAUGGCUAAGAUGAUGGCUGGCUUCAGCAUGGGUAGCGAAGUAUUCUCUGAUAAUGAGCGCAAGAUCCAAGAAAUAAUUCAGCGUGUGGACUCGCUUUACAGCGUCAGCGAGGCAGGCGAAACAAUAGCCCCAGAUGAUAUCCGGGAAUUGCGUGCAAACCUGAUGGAAGCGCAAGGUUUCAUCCGGCAGGCUGAGCUUACUAUGAAUGGCCAAGGUGAGCUGCAGGACAGCAAAAGGACGGAGCUGGAGGAGAAGUUGGCCGGACUGGAACGCGAUUAUCAGGGUCUCCUUGAGCGGAACUUGGGAGAAGGUGAUGUGGAAGAAAUAAGGCAGCGUUUGGAGAAGGCAUACAUUAGCCAGAAAGAAACAGAGAAACAACUGGCGGAUGAACUUCGUGCAGAGAUUGCAUGUAAAAACCAGGAAUUGGUUGAAGUGCGUCAGUCACUUGCUGAUUCUCAGUCUCGGAUAUCGACGAAUGGAGCAGCAGGAAAGACGCUGCAGCAGCAGAUUGCAGAAUUCGAUGCGAUGAAGAAGUCGCUCAUGCGUGAUCUCCAAAAUCGUUGUGAGAGAGUGGUGGAGCUGGAGCUUUCACUGGAUGAUGCCCGUGAGCAGUACAACAAUGUUCUUCGGUCAUCCAACAACCGGGCCCAGCAGAAGAAGAUGGCAUUCCUAGAACGCAACCUAGAGCAGUUGACCCACGUGCAACGACAGCUGGUAGAACAGAACAGCAGUCUGAAGAAGGAGGUCGCCAUUGCUGAGCGGAAGCUCAGUGCGAGAAACGAGCGGAUAGCGAGCUUGGAGGCGCUACUCCAGGAAAGCCAGGAGAAAUUAACCCAGGCUAACCACCGGUAUGACGUCCCUUUAUCUUUUCUCGCACUAGAUUUAGGAAAGCAGACGACCACUAACUAUGCCUUCCUCCCCUCUUUACAGAUUCGAAGCUCAGCUUACUGCUGUCAAGGAGAGACUGGAAACCGUCAAGCAGGGGUCUACACGAGGACUUUCUGGCUCUAUUGAGAGCGGCGGUGGAUUCAGUUUCUCUGGAACGAGGAUCGCUAAACCCCUUCGUGGGGGCGGCGGAUCAGAGGUCGGCAGCACUGCUCCAGCGCAGUCAGAGCCAAAGCGAACGAGUUGGUUCUUUGAUCGACGAUAAGCCAUGAAUACCACCAACUGUUUAUGUCAUGACAGUCUGCUUUCUUUCUUUUGGACAUAUUUCAAUUGGCCUGGAGCAGAGUUUACUCUGUACGGCGGUCGCCGUUUUUGUUUUCAUACCCAUUCAGCCACUCAGAUCGUGAUGUCCUUUCCACUACCUCUUACUACCUGGUUGACCGCUGGAUCGUUGUAACGCUGUUGAUGAAGUCCUGCAGUCUCCUAUCCCGUACACUUUCGUUCUCUUUUCCUUCUUGUUUUACAUGCAUACGUCGGCCUCUUUCCUUUUUUUUUUUUUUUUUUUUUUCUCGACCUUCCUUUCGCCCUGGAACAGGUUCUUUUAGAUUUAGCAGCCGGUGUCAGGAGUGAGACGGGGCCUGCGGUUAUUGCCAAUGCCCUGGAUACAAGCAAUAGAGGAUACCAGCGAUGGAAGAAGAGGGAUAGGAUAUAGCUAGCAUGCAGCAUUAGUUGUGAGAAGCAGCAGCUCUGGGGAUUAAUAUAGCGCGGCAAUAACAAUGCUGAAUAGAUGCAGACGAUACUAUUCCGGCCAGCAAGGUCCCUGUUCAAUGCUACCUUGAUAAGAGCACCUGAUAAGCAUCCCCGCAUCACCUCCGGCACGCC